CGAGUUCAGCACGGGCGAUAUUUCACAAGACAAUGGGCUCGAGGCUGGUGUGGUGCCAUUUAAAGCUGGACAGUUAAAUUCCAGGAGAUGAGCUUAAUGUUUAUAAAUUGAUGUUAUUGCUGAACGAACACUUGUCUAAUACAUAAAACGGAUUCUUCGAGGUGAGAAAAAACAUGUUAUUUACCUUGAGCUGAAGAGAGUGGAACCAGUAAUACUCUGAAAUACUUAAUGGAUACAAAAGCAGUUCUGCAUCUGCAUUUUACAGUACUUUAGCCAUAGAGGCUAAUGUUGUUCUUGUACCAGUAAUAGAAAUCAAGUCUGAAGAUGGACAGUUUUCAUCAUGCUUCAUUUGUGAAAGUUGGAGAACACAAGACAAUUUCAAAGUCAGAAAUGUUAACAUUGCUUAAGACAUAUAACUGUUAUCAUGAAGGUAAAAGUUUCCAGUUAAGAAGUCGAGAGGAGGAAGGGGAAUUAAUUAUAGAAGGUUUGCUUAACAUCUCUUGGGGUCUAAAAAGACCAAUCAGACUUCAGAUGCACGAUGACCAUGAACGAAUGCAUUUUGCAGGCUCAGGACAAUGGAGAGUUGAUCAAAGUUCUCUGAACAGAAAUGAAAGAUCUGCACAUAAUGUUUCAGUGGAGAAAGCUGUUGAAUCCAAUAAUAAUUCUGUAAACAAUGAACUGCUCUCAGUUGGUGUAAGAAAUUCUGAGAUAGAGGAGGAAACACCUCAACUAAUGAGAACAAAAAGUGAUGCAAGUUUCAUGAAUGUUCAGAGAAGAUGCAAAUAUCGAACUCCAGCAGAAAUGCAGAAAAUUAAAAGACAUCGAUUUUCCAUUAAUGGGCACUUUUAUAACCACAAGACUUCAGUGUUUACUCCAGCAUAUGGAUCGGUUACUAAUGUCAGAGUUAACAGCACUAUGACUACACCACAGGUUCUGAAUUUACUGCUCAACAAAUUCAGAGUUGAAAAUGGUGCUGAUGAAUUUGCAUUGUAUGUGGUUCAUGAAUGUGGUGAAAGGACUAAAUUAAAAGACACUGAUUAUCCACUAGUAUCCAGAAUAUUGCAUGGUCCUUGUGAGAAGAUUGCAAAAAUCUUUCUAAUGGAGACUGACCUAGGAGAAGAAGUAACAUAUGAUGUGGCCCAGUACAUAAAGUUUGAAAUGCCUGUACUUGACAGUUUUGUUGAAAAAUUAAAAGAAGAGGAAGAGCGAGAAAUUUCAAAAUUAAUGAACAGGUACAGAUCACUAAAAUCUGUGAUUUUACAGCAGCUGAGUAUUGCUGAAGGUGACUAUGUUUGACAAGAAGACACUCUAUACAGUAUAAAUGAUGUCUGUAUCUGGAUUUCGCAGUCUAGCUUUAGGUAGCUAUUUGCCUAUGUUUUUCAAAACAAAAGUACAAUGCAAUAAAUAUGCUAAAGUGGCAGGUGUAGAAAGUUCACUGUUUAAUGUGCAUGGAAAAAAUCUCAUCCGGUCACACUCUGCUGACUCAUGUGUGAGUGGAAGUGGAGCUCUUAAGGUAGGCGGUCUGAUGGAGGGCUGUGAUGCCUGGAACUCUGGAAUUUCCUUUUGCACUACAGAAUUAUUCACGCAACAUGUGUCUAGUUCAGUUAUCUGAUGAACCUUGUUACUUGUCUGUACUAGGAAAGUUUCUUUCUGUAAUAUAUAAGAAAACAGUGAUCACCAUGAAGCAAUUUAUUACCUGUACAGGACAAUUGUAAAGAAAUAACCUUGUCAGUUGAUACUUUGACUUUCCAUAUAUUUUUUUUUUAUUUUACAAAAGAAAUAUAUAUUCUGUACAUUAUUUAGUUAUUAGCAAAUUGAUUUCUACAAGUAAUGACAGUGAAUGAAAGCAUGUCUGAAAUGCAUAAUCCUUUUCAGUUUCUUCAAGUAAUAUACACUUCUGUUAGUAGACUACCUGAGCAAUGUCAAAAAGACUUUUCUUAUUACAGUAGCUUCUAGCUUACAUUUUAUUUAAUGCUUUGUGUACAUUUGCUUUUGUUUUCUCAUAAUUUUACUUGUCAAAUACCUCCUUGCUGCACUGUAUUAUUUCAUGCUUUCAAAUUGUACUUGGUUUAUACUAAAACUGUAUAAAGAGGAAAUAUUUUUACAGCAGCUUUUGUAGAAGAGUGUUUAAAAAAAAAAAAACUGAAACCCUGAGCCUGAAGAAUGUACAUUCAAAAUGUUUAAUAAAACAUGUUUCUUAAAUUU